UCCGGUGAAAGCCGCGGUAUCCGAGCGUGUGGUAAGGUCUGUCAUCCUGCCGAGAUCGCCCGGUUUUUUGGAGAGAAGAAGUUGGCAAAGGGGGAUGUCAGUGCGAUGAUGGCGCUGCAGCUGAAGACCGGGGAUGCAGCGUACUACCAGAGUGCAGAUUACUGCAGAAAUUACACUUCACCGCCUGUCAGCUACGGUGACAGCAGCCAUUAUUUUGCCCGAUUGCCAGGUCCAGAGACCAUGCUGAAGCCUCCUCUGAGUCUCUUCAGUCACCACCAUCAGCCUUUCCAUCACAUGGACUCUCUGCACCGGCUGGGACCUCCGCCAAUGGCGCCAACGCAACCUCUCGGCCCGCCUCCCAUGUCCCCUGCUCAGGCGAUGGGACCUCCGACCUUGGUUCCCGCCCAGAGUCUAUGUCCCCCACCCAUAACUGCUGCUCCUCCUCACACGUUAAGGCCUCCUUCCAUUUCCCCGCCACACAGUUUAGGACCCCCACCUCAGACACUGGGGCCCCCACCAAUGGUGCACACGUUGUUGCCCCCACCUGUGGAUCUUUCCCAAACAAUAGUGCCUCCAACCAUGGACCUCACGCAACAACUGGGGCCUCCUCCUCCUCUCAGUCAUUCACAAACCCUGGUGCCCCCUCCGGUCGUGGCUCCAGGGGUGGGACGAUUCCCCCUCCCUCCUAGCCCCCUGUCCUCCCCUCCUGCGCUGGGCCCAGACCCUUCGCAGAUGCCCCCAAGACUUCCAGGACAGGCCCCCAUCCCGGCCCAAGUGUCCUGCCUCAUCCCCGGUGGUCCUCUCCCAGGACAGGCAGCCCCGGCCAGUGAGCAGCCCCAGGAUGAGGGCUCUCCAUUGGGCGUGGAGGAGCAGGAGGACUCCCUGGGUCUGGGGGACCUGUGUAAACCUCUGUACUGUAAACUCUGCAAUGUUACCCUCAACUCUGCACAGCAGGCACAGGCUCACUACCAGGGGAAGAAUCACGGUAAAAAGUUGAGAAAUUUCUACGCUGGCAGUCAGCAGCCUCCAGCCAUCAGGAUCCCAGAAGUUCUUGAGGGAGCCGGCCAGACGGCGCUCAGCUCAGGAUCCAAUGACAGUGACGCAGGCAGACAGGCACUCUAUAAGGGGGCAACCCGGGUCAUCUUGGCCACAGAGAAUGACUAUUGUAAGCUGUGUGAUGCCUCCUUCAGUUCACCAGCAGUUGCACAGGCCCACUACCAGGGCAAGAACCACGCCAAGAAACUGCGGCUCGCUGAGGCCCAGCAGAACGCCAACAACAUGGAAGGAAACAACGAGGCGGCCCCGAGAAGAAGCAGGAAAGACUGCAGUGAGUACAGACUUGUGAAAAACCGCCGCAGCCCACAGCUUCCUGCCUCAAUGACAGGGCCGUACUACAACCCUAGGCCGAGGCAGCGCAUCCCGAGGGACCUGGCCAUGUGCGUCACUCCCAGCGGGCAGUUCUACUGCUCCAUGUGCAACUGCGGAGCCGAGCAGGAGACGGACUUCAGACAGCACCUGGAGAGCAAGCAGCACAAAGCGAAAGUGUCUGAGCUGAGAUACCGCCACGAGAUGGAAAACCUCGGCUACAGCUAGGAGACAGAAGAAGAGGAGGGAGGUAGGGGGGAGUCAAAUUCAGAGAUAAGAGUGAGACAAGACAGGUGCAGACAUGCAAGACCAAAGGGCCUGGAAAGUGGAGGCAGCCUUUUUUUUUUUUUUUUAUUGAAGGGCAUAUUCAGUAAGAGGAUUAGCACUAUAUGGCCUCAAGACCUUGUUUCAAUUCAUUUGAUAAAUGGAUCAAACAUUUAAAUCCUCAUAUUUGACAUAAUGCUCUACCAUAAAAAUCUAUAAUUGGAUUUGCUGGAUUGAUUUGAAUUGGGUAAUACUGUUGAAACUCAGUCUCUAUAAUGAAACGCCCUGCAGCAUAUCUGCAUUUGGCAUGACUGUCGGUUUUUGACAAAAAAAAGUUUUAAAUGCAUUUUUUUUCACUCUGAAUCGUAUCAUGUUCAGACCCAAUAUCUUUCGUUAAUUUGUUUUUGAUCAACCUCUCUCCAAUGAUUUGAGUGGGUGACUCCUGAUACAGGUCAAUGCAAAUGAAUUGCACAAAAAUCUAGAGGUUAAAGCUAGAGGUAUAGAGGAUUAUUGGUGCACAACAACACAAGAGAAAAGGUGCAGGAAUACUUACAAGAGACCAGGAGGAGUGGCAGAUGGUGUUAAGCAUUUAGAGACGAUACAAAGUGUAGGGAAACAAAGAGAAACUUCUGGAUAGAAGUAAAAGACAGAUAGAGGCAAAAACAUGAGGUCAGACACAGAUCUUAUCCUUGGGGAAACAAUCAUUGCUGAGGACAAAGAUUUAGUCUGAGACUUAUUUUUCAAUUCUUUGUGUGUGAGAUUUAUCCCUGCAGGUACUUUUUACAAGCCCUACAGCUGGGACUUGAGGUCUGAGUCGUGAGCCACACAGGGCACAAGAGAGCAGAACUCAACAUUUCUUUUGCCUCUUAAAGGGAAACACACAAAGCACUGUUAGCUAGUAUAAGAAACAAAGCACAAAAAACAUGACCUUGUAAAAACAGUGUCAGCCAAACUCUUAAGUGGUCCUUCGUUAUGAACCAGGCUGAAGCCUACACCCCUGCUAGCCUUGUAUGUGCCUAUAGUGAAAAUUAGGAGUUUGAGUUAGCCUUUUCGGGGAUUAUAGUAAAAACCGAUCAAUUGUUUUUUUUCUAUACUCUAUGUCAUUAUUCUUCUUGUAUUAAACCCACAUAAAUGUUAUGUAAAUAUCUUACAAAUACAUUGUAGAUGUACAUUUGCUAUAAUAGACAUGGACUCUAUGGGUUAUUUAGUUAAUGUUAGCUUAGCAUAAAUUGUAAAUACCCAUUAUCUAUUUAAUAAUUAUCAGGAAUCUUAUACAAAGUGUGCACUGACUGAAUGUCUCCCCAUAAGCACUGUAUGUAUGUGUUUGGAUUUCACUGUAAGCCCUCCAUAACUGAGUCUGGGUGAAGUAACUCUGGUACCAUCUAUCUGUGCUCUGCUACUCUUAUCAGUUUUUAUUUUUCACAGCCGAGAUUUCUUUUUGAGGCAGGGUAACGAGCUGAAUCUUUGUCUCGACAGAACAGCCAAAAAAGGUACUGUGAGGAAGAAAUGUGCAAACACCUUUCUAAGUCGUAGGGGUGCACACAGCUGAAAGCAGUUACAUCCAAACUUCUAAUUAGUUUGCAAAUUGCAAGUAAACGUGUGGAGAGCUCCUGGAUGUUUUUGCUUCUAAGGCGUAUCAUUAAAUUCUACCAAUCAGUCUUGAUUCCCUGAGGGGACAUGACCAGGUUUUACUGGAGUGAGAAACAGCUGCAGAGGAGUGUGAUUGACUUCUUUUUUUUCCACCUUGCAUAAACUCCACGUCGUGUUGUUUUUCUAAGUGUCGAGCCGUUUCUUGAAGGAUCAGUUGUGUUAAGGAUUUUCCGCGUCUGUUUACUUUUUUCAUCUUGCAAUAAGUUGUGUUGAGGUGAACACAUUUGGCAUUAUACAGUCAUACUUCAGACCGGUGGUUCUCAAUCUGUAGGCCGGGAUCUAAAUGCGGGUUUGCGGAGCUGUUUUUCGGCGCGUCACGAUUGUGUGAGAAAAUGUGUCAAAAAGUCUACGAAGCGCUUUUAUAGCAUGUGUUUUAUUUUGUAUCUUUGUUCUUUCACAUGUUUUGUAAAGCUUGAGGUCCAAACUGCACAAUUUUUUAUUAAAGGCUUUAUAUGUGAUUUUUUGAUCCAGCAGAUGUCGCAUUGUUGUGUUAGCAUGCUAAUGCUAGCGAUCUUUAUUCUGCUCGUAUCUUCACACUGCAUGUAAAUUUACCUGAAAUGAGCGUGAUCUAGAAACACAGUUAAGCAGUGAGUACGGUAUGUUAUUCUUCUUUUCUCUAGUCCCUCAAUUAAACAACUUUUAUACACGAGGGGAGGAGUCAGCCGGCCGUCCCGGCGAUGUAAACAAAGUGAAGAUAGGACUCUGAAAACUCUGAAAACAUCACAGACAGUGGGACUCGGGUGUUACACCCAUUGUAGACAGUCAUGACUCACAGAGUUAUUUUCAGAGGAUAUACUUGAUUUAUAUUAUAUUUAAGUGUGAAAAAUCACAUAUAAAGCCUUUAAAUAAAUCUCAUUGGUUAAAAAAUAUCAGAAAUUUGGGUCACGAUUUCUCAUCCAGGAGUCGGUGGCUGGUCUUGAGGCUGACCCAGUUGAGAACCACUGCUUCAGACAACAGAAAGUGUGCACUGUGCCUUUAAUUUUGGAUAUGAUCUCUAAUGUAAUCAGAGAAAACAACGGCUUAAAACAAUCAACAAUUUCGUUUGAAUCAGAAAACUCUCUUUUUU